CUGAUUUUUUUAAUGAACCGCCUAAUCCCACAGUAAAUCCCUUUUUUGUUGUUUUUUUCUAUAUCUUUUUUUUUUCCUUUCUCUGUUGUUGGUUUGAUUCGUUUUUCCUCUUUUCUGAGUAAGCAUUUCUCUUUGUAGUGCUUCUCCUUUCGUUGAUUUCUACCAUUUUCUCCAAAAUACCAUGAGUGUUGCCUAUGAUUCGCCCACCCACCGAAGACAAACGAAUGAAAAUUAUUUUACACCACUAAACAUGCCACCCAUGCUGGGGGAAGAUCAGCAACCAAACACGGCUUCCACGCCUUACUACACCGCCCCGAUCAAUCCGGCCUUGCACCAAGAUUUUCUCAAUGCCAUUCAACAUCGUCAUGCCAGUCAGCCUACGGUGUUGACACCGGUGGGAGAAAAGAAAAACAACAUGUCACCGACCCCACCGCCCGUCUUAUCCAUGGCAGCUGUCGGGUCGAGUUUGGCGGCUCGUCGGAAACAGGCGGUGCCCGGACAACCGAGUGCUAUGGAAACGCAACGGUUAAAUGAACUGAUGACCAGCCAUGGCGAUCGCAUCUUGAUUCUCGAUGUUCGUUCCUUUGUACAGUAUACCCACGCUAGAAUCCGCACCGCUAUCAAUGUGGCGGUACCCAAUACGAUUUUGAAGCGACCGACAUUUACGCUGGAAAAAGUGUACGAAGCGAUUGUCCUAGACAAUGACCGUGAUCGAUUGAAACGAUGGAAGGAGUAUGAUCAUAUUAUUAUUUAUGAUCAAGGGUCACAAUUUCUUCCUGAUAAUUGUGCGGCCAAUUUCCUUUGUGCCAAAUUCAGUCAAGCCGGUUAUCAAGGCAGUUUAAAAUUUCUCAAAGGCGGAUUUGACGCUUUUAUGGGUGCGUUUCCAACCCAAUGUGAAUCGAGUCCACCUGUAUCGAAUCGUGCCGACGCAGGCCGAUCAUUACCUCCAGCGUUCAGUAUUCAUCCUCAUCGAGAAGCACAAAAUCCGCUAGAAGGUCGUCGUCGACCGCAACUCCAACUUUCCAACUUGCCACCUCCUACAUCGUCGCUCGGUCCUUUCACAGCGCCGAUGCCUCAGUUUGAUAAUCAAGCAUUUAACCCCUUUUUCUCCAACAUUCGUCAAAAUAUGGAACUUUCGCAUGGUCCCAUUCGCGAACGGUUCCCUAUCAAUCUGCCGGAAAAUUGCAAUGCUGAUCCACAGACCGGCUAUGUGAAACCAGAAAAGACCGAACCCCGUUGUGUUGCUGGGGCUCAUAUUGAAAAAGACAACGUCUACGUGGCACCCACAUGGCUACGAAAUACAAUUGAGUUUUCAUCUGGGCCUCAAUUGUUGGCGGAGAUGUAUGAGAAACUGGAACGCACAGAGCAGCGCCGUUUGCAGAAUAUCAUGCUCUUCCACUCUAAACAUACAAAUACCAAUCCUCCCGAUUUCCCCCUCAGUAUUGUGGCGGGUAUUGAAAUGGGCACCUUGAACCGUUACACCAACAUUUGGCCAUUCGAAUAUACGCGUGUCAAGAUUGCACAACCUCACGGACCAACCGAUUACAUCAAUGCCAGUUAUAUCCAAUAUGUUCCCAAUAACAGCGCGGCCACGGAUGCUCCUGACCACGUCAGUAAAGCAUCCUUGCAAAUCAUGAAAACCGACGGGCUAGAUCAACCAUAUCGACGCUAUAUUUCCACCCAGGGUCCGUUGCCAGCUACAUUUAAUGAUUUUUGGCAAGUUAUCUGGGAACAAAAUUCGCGUGUGCUUGUGAUGUUGACCAAAGAAGAAGAAAUGAACAAGAUUAAAUGCCAUCGUUACUGGCCAUCCACACCGAACCAGCCUACACAGUAUGGCAAGCUUUCAGUCACUCUGUUGUCGGAAACGAUUCGCUCAGUUAAACGAAAUGGCGAACAACAAAAUGCGGAUGAUGUUGUCAUUGUUCGACAAUUGGUACUGGCUCAUGAAGGAGCCAACACACGACGUAUGGUGACUCAGCUGCAUUACACGGGAUGGAUGGACUUUGGUGUCCCUGAAAACCCGCUAGGCACAUUGCAAGUGAUUGAAGCGGCCAAUGAUGCCCAGCAAUUGUAUGAAUCUCAAGAACCUAAUAUCGGUCCCAUGGUUGUUCACUGUUCAGCGGGAUGCGGACGAUCGGGGGCUUUCUGUGUGAUCGAUACGGUCUUACGGCGGAUAUCGCAAUCUUCCCAUGAUCUCGACGAUCACAAAGAUGUGCUACUGGAAACCAUUGCCUUGUUUAGAGAACAACGACUUAGCAUGGUACAAACCAUGCGUCAAUUCGUGUUCUGCUAUGAAGCCAUUUGGUGGUGGAUUCUGGGUUACGGUCAACUCAACUAUACCGACAAACUUCCCGUGCGUUCACAUCGAUAGAAAAAAAAAACCAUCCCUUCGUUGCAUCUUUCCUCCAUCCCUCCAUUGAUCCGUUUCUUUGUUCUUGAUUUUAUCAUCCGUCGUUUUUUUUUUUUGUUUUGUUUUUCGCUUGUUUGAUUUCACUCUUAUUUCUAUUUCAAAAAAAUAAUGCUUGCCUUCUUUUCCCUUUUUUUUUUCUUUCUCUGUGUUCUAUCUAUUUGUCAUCCCAAUGUUUCUCGCUUCAUCUCCCUUUUUUCUUUUAGUUUUCCUUUCUCACACAUCCUCUCUGUUUUUCUCAUUCUUUGUUGCUUUCUUAUUUUCCGUCCAUUUUUGUACACGGUUCGUAUUCCCCCGGCUUUUUGUUUGCAUCAUCUUUU